ACAAUACAUGGCACUCAAAGGAAGACGACGAUCUUCUAGCACCGACACGGGUUUGUUGAUCGAUGUCCGCAUGCCUCCUGAAUGUGCUUGAAAGGAACAAGCUUUGAAGAGCGUCGCUCACUGAACCAUGCAGAAAUGCCUUAUUUGGCUAAGCAUAUUAUGUUCCUUUGUGGAAGCCAUGAGCCAGAGCUGGACCAGCGCGUUCUGGAGCGAGCAUACCGCCGCGACGUGUGGUUGGCGAACAGCCUGCUGGACCUGAUUGUGGAGCGGUUGGCACGCGAUCCGAGCGUGUCAGCCGCCUUGGACCCGCUGACCCUGGACGAAGUGGUCAUGGACCGCGGCCGCAUUUUCAAUGUGUCCGUGGAAGGCCUGAGCCAACUGCGUCGGUCCGCGGACACUGUGCUCCGGUUACGCAACGCCUACACCGUGACCAUCGAGGGGCAGCUCACGUUCGGCAGCCUUUUCAUCAAAAGCAUGUAUCACUUCAGACCCAUUUCGGUGCUCGAGCUAGAGGGGCACAUGGACGUUCUACUGACGGGCCUCACGAUCGGCAUCGAGAUCCGCGUCCAGCAUGAAGUCCCUGUGCUCACACAGUUCAAGGUGGUCGAAUUUGGGGAGGCCGACGUCACGCGUUUCACGGGUGCCACGAUUGCCCUCAACUGGCUUGGCCGUAUUUUGACCACGGAGCUGCUGCGCCAGUACAAGGAGUACAUCGUCAUCACCAUCGAGACCAAGGCGAAGUCAUUCAUCGAUUCAGUGCUCGAGAACAUUAAGCUACCUUUUCGUAGCAAGUUCCUAGAGAUCACGAACCACGCUCGCAAAGCGCACAGGGAACGGCGAAUUAUCCGUCGGAAACAUUAAAUUGCUAUUUUGGAGCGCA